AUGGGCGGCCGCGGCACCCCACUGUGUGCAGCGCAGCCCGCGGUGGCCGAAGGCAGCCUGGCCCACGAUCAGCUGCCGCUGUUGGAGGUGCCCCCCCUCAAGAGGCUGCCCGCCGGGCCCGACCAGGACCCAUGUGGCAGCCGCCCUGCGCCCGAGGGCGCUGGCGCUGGCUCAGAGCAAGGCCACUCCGCCGCUGGAAGCGGAUGGUGCCGCCACUGCCACACGAAGCUCGUGGAGCUCAAGCGACAGGCGUGGAAGCUGGUCAGCGGGCCUGGGACUCCCCUCCGGGAGCCCUGCCUCUCCACCCUGCUCCUCGACAAGCUUCCAGCAUCGGGGGCCCUGCCAGCGUGCCGCCCGGAGGCUGAGAGCCGCUGUGACGUCUGUGCUACACACCUGCAGCAGCUCACACAGGAGGCCCUGCACCUGUUGCAGGCUCCAGCCAGCCACCAGGACCCUGACACCACUCACAGAGAUCCUGGCUUGGUGGUCACCGGCCCUAGCACCUCGACCAGCCUGAGGGACUCUCCAGGACUUGUGGGCCCUGCAGGCCCUGCAGGGAAGCGGCCUAGUCACAUGGGACCUGACAGGAUGAAGGGGGUGGCCUGGCCACCCAGGCCCAGUGUCCAGGUGUCGGUGGCACCUGCGGGCCUUGGGGGGGCACUGAGCACGGUCACCAUCCAGGCCCAGCAGUGCCUGGAGGGCAUGUGGAGUGUCUCCAGGGUCAACAGCUUCCUACCACCAGCGUGCCUGGCCGAGGCAGCAGUGGCUGCGGUGGCAGUGGCAGACACAGUCCGAGAUGGCCCUCCCACGGCAAGGCCUGAAGGCUUGUUGAAGGCAUGGGGCCGUGGUGGGGCCUGCACAUCAGCUCUGGUGACUCCAGUCCCUGGUGCCACAGCGGGAGGCUCCACAGGUCCAUCGGCUGCAGCCUCCUUCUUCAUAAGGGCUGCCCAGAAACUCAGUCUGGCCUCCAAGCGCAAGAAGCCCCACCCACCGCCGGCUCCGGCUGCCCGGGGUGCCUCCACCUACCCCACCAACUUCAGUGGGGUCAUUCAGCUGUGGCCACCCCCAGUGCCCCCCUGCCUGGUUAGAGCCACCUCUAAGGCCAAGGACAGCUCCGGCAGCGAGGGAAAGGUGAAGGUCAUGCUUCGUGUCUGGCCAGCACAGGGGUCCCAGCGCUCGUCCGAGUCCAUGUCUUUCCUGAAGGUGGACCCUCGGAAGAAGCAGGUGACCCUCUAUGACCCAGCUGCUGGUCCCCCGGGCAGUGCAGGCCCCCGGCGAGCCGCCACUGCAGUGCUGCCCAGGAUGUUUGCUUUUGAUGCUAUCUUCCUCCCAGACUCCGAGCAGGCUGAAAUCUGCUCGGGGACCUUAGCUGACGUGCUCCAGUCUGUGGUCAGUGGGGCUGAUGGCUGUAUUUUUUCUUUCGGCCACAUGAGCCUUGGCAAGUCGUACACCAUGAUCGGCAGGGACAGCUCGCCCCAGAGCCUGGGCGUCGUGCCCUGCGCCAUCUCCUGGCUCUUUAGGCUCAUCGAGGAGCACAAAGAGAGGACGGGCACCCGCUUCUCUGUCCGUGUCUCGGCUGUGGAGGUGUGCGGCCGGGACCAGAGCCUGCGGGACCUGCUGGCCGAGGUGGCCUCUGGGAGCUCCCAGGACACCCAAUCUCCAGGAGUACACCUGCAGGAGGACCCCACAUGUGGGGCACAGCUCCUGCGCCAGAGCGAGCUGAGGGCACCCACGGCAGAGAAAGCAGCCUUCUUCCUGGAUGCAGCACUGGCGGCCCGCAGCACCAGCCGUGCAGGCAGUGGGGAGGACGCCCGGCGCCGUUCCCACAUGCUAUUCACACUACACGUCUACCAGUACCGCGUGGAGAAGUGCGGCCGGGGAGCCAUGUCUGGAGGCCGAAGCCGCCUGCACCUUAUUGACCUGGGGAGCUGUGAGGCUGUGCCUGGCAGGGGUGGGGAGGCUGCUGGGGGACCUCUGUGUCUGUCCCUGUCGGCCCUGGGCAGCAUCAUCUUGGCCCUGGUCAAUGGAGCCAAGCAUGUGCCCUAUCGGGACCACAGACUCACCAUGUUGCUGCGGGAGGCCCUGGCCACAACCAGUUGCCAUACCACCAUGAUUGCCCAUGUCUCAGACAUGCCAGCCCACCACGCCGAGACGCUAAGCACAGUGCAGCUGGCCGCCCGCAUCCACCGUUUGCGCAGGAAGAAGGCCAAGUGUGCUUCCAGCUCCUCGGGCGGGGAGAGCUCCUGUGAGGAGGGCCGUGCCCGCCGUCCCCCACACCUGCGGCCCUUCCAGCCUCGUGCUGUGGGCCUGGACCCUGACCACCCAGGGCCUCGCUUGCCUGGGGACCCGGAUUACUCAUCCAGCAGUGAGCAGUCCUGUGACACCGUCAUCUACGUGGGGCCUGGUGGCACAGCACUGUCCGACCGUGAGCUCACUGACAAUGAGGGCCCACCAGACUCUGUGCCCAUCAUCCCUGCUCUGAGCCGCUGCCGGCCCUCAGUGGGUCCGCGAGAUGCUGACCACUUCCGCUGCAGCACCUUUGCCGAGCUGCAGGAGCGGCUGGAAUGCAUCGAUGGCAGCGAGGGGUCUUGGGGGUCCCCCUGUGGCCCUGACAGGACCAGGGCCAGCUCAUCCCCAGGGAGCAGGAAGCCCUUGGCACCUAAGGCUGCAUCCCCCAGGAAGGCCAUGGGCCCCCAGAUGGCGGCCAGCACUCCUCAAGGCAGCCCUGGCCUGGACACCCACCAGGGUGCCCCUGAGCCCUCCAAGACUGAUACCUGGGGUGACCAGAGGGAAGACAGUGGUACCCGGCCUGAGUUGUCUACCCCAGACAAGGCCUCUGGGAGUGGAGGCAGAAGGCCACUGCCCAGCCCGGCCCCUCCGCCCCUUCAACCCGAAGGCCAUGGAGUCCCAGAGGAGCCUGGGGGAGGGGGUGCCAAUUGCGUGGUGCGGACGCCCCCUGUAGGCAUGAGCGGGCAGGUGGGCCGGUCCCCACUGCUCCCAGACGUGGCCUGCCCCCACCCAGCUGCUCGUGGUCACCGUCUGGAGCGCGGCCUGCUGACGGCCACAGUGACCCUGCAGCAGCCUGUGGAGCUCAAUGGCGAGGAUGAGCUGGUGUUCAUGGUGGUGGAGGAGCUGUCCUUGGGUGGGCUUGCGGGACCUGGGCGGCCCACCAGCCUGGCUAGCCUCGGCAGCAGCUGUUCCCUGCAGGCCCUGGCCUCUGGGUCCAGGCCGGUCAGCAUCAUCAGCAGCAUCAAUGAUGAGUUCGAUGCUUACACGUCGCCUGCUCCUGAGGGCCCAGGCAGCCCCCCAACCUGCGAGGUCAGCCUCCACGAUUCUGCCACCUGUGGUUCCAACUUGCCUCCGGGGCCCGACGCCCCUGUCCUGGAUGGUUCCCUGGAGGAUGGCAGCUCUGGCUGCCUGGAACAGGACAGAGUUGACAGCCCUGGCCAGGCCUGGAGUCCUCACUCCGGGGAGGCAGCUGUAGCAGCCACAGCCCAACUGGGGAAGGAGCCCUGGGCUGGGUCCUCUCAGGGAGCAGCCACAGCACAAACCAUCCACUCCAGCCUACCCCGGAAAUUGAGGACUACCUCAGCGGCCAGCCGCACAGGCUGCACUCAUGUGGGCCAGAGCUCACCUGGCCGAGGCCUGUUUGAGGACCCAUGGCAGCUCCGGGCAGGUGAAUGUGACGUGCUCCAGGUGGCCUCUGCUGGCAGGGCCCCCAGCCCUAUCCCUGGCUCCUCCCGGCUGCUUGAGGGCCAGGUCAUGCUGGCUUGUGCCCAGAGGGUGGUGGAUGGGUGUGAGGUAGCUGCCAGGGUGGCCCGCAGGCCAGAGGCUGUGGCUCGGAUUCCGCCACUGCGGAGGGGAGCCACCACAUUGGGCGUGACUACACCUGGUGGGUCCUGUGGGGAUGUUCUGGCUGAGGCAGGGGCCUGCUCAGGAAGCCUGAAGGCCUCCCCCACCGGCAAGAAGAGUGUGGCUCCCAAGGGGGGCUUCUUCCCGAGGCCCAGUGGGACGGCCCCCCCAGCCCCGCCAGUGAGGAAGUCCAGCCUGGAGCAUAAGAGCGGCUCAGCCCUAGCCCCUACGCAGGCUGUGGGCCUGAUGCGAGUUGGGGCUGCUGCUGUUUUCCGUGGAGAGGAGGAGGCCAGGCCCAGUGGCCGGAUUGACCACUCCGUCCCCAGGGCCACAUCCAGCCUGAAGGCCCGAGCCAGCAAGGUGGAGGUAGUACACCGUUCCACUGGCCACCCAUCUCUAGAACGGCAUGAGGGUCUGGCGCACGGUGGCAGCAAGGUCAGGGAAGCUGCUGGACGGCCGGCCCGGGCUGUGCCCAGGUUGGGGGUGCCGCCUGCCAGUCCCAUGCCUGGGUUGACCCCUGCCUGUAGGAGCAACCCAGCCAAAGGUGUGGGAGCCCCUAAGCCCCUGCCUAGUGGGGCCAAGGGCCGUAGCCUAGUGGCCGGUGGGUCACGAGCUCUGGGAGGUUCAGUGAAGCCACCGGGCUCUGUGGCAGGCAAAGCCCCCAGUGGGCCUGGGACAGGUGCCAGGGCAGCCCCACGGGCUGGGCCAGGUAUUGGCGCUAAGGCUUGUCGUGGCACCAUUAUGGGCACCAGGCAGGCACUCCGGGCUGCCCACAGCCGUGUCAAUGAGCUGGCAGCCAGCGGAGCCCCCGGCAGAGGCUGUCCCUUUUGGGGCGCAGCCGACUCGGACAGUGGCAAUGACAGCGGUGUAAACACGGGCGAGGAGCGGCCGCCAGUGGGCCCAGCCCUGCCCUCCCCCUACAGCAAGGUGACAGCACCACGGAGGCCACAGCGCUACAGCAGCGGCCACGGCAGCGACAACAGCAGUGUGCUGAGCGGGGAGCUUCCACCUGCCAUGGGCCGCACAGCCCUCUUCUACCACAGUGGUGGCAGCAGCGGCUAUGAGAGCAUGAUGCGUGACAGUGAGGCCACUGGAAGCGCCUCCUCUGCCCCGGACUCCAUGAGUGAGAGCGGGGCUGCCUCCCCGGGCGCCCGCUGCCGCAGCCUCAAGUCCCCCAAGAAGAGGGCCACAGGUCUGCAGCGGCGGCGGCUGAUCCCAGCCCCGCUGCCGGAUGCUGCUGCCCUGGGCCGCAAGCCCAGCCUCCCCGGGCAGUGGGUGGACUUGCCCCUGCCCCUGGCCAGCUCACUCAAGGAGCCCUUCGAGAUCAAGGUGUAUGAAAUCGACGAUGUGGAGCGCCUGCAGCGGCCACGCCCAACCCCGCGGGAGGACCCAGCCCAGCCCUUGCAGGAUGUGCAGAGCCCCACAUGUGGCAGCACAAGGCUGCGUCUGGCAGAGCGCAGGCAGCAACGGCUGCGGGAGGCACGGGCCAAGCAUGAGCACCUGUGCCAGGAGCUGGCUGAGACCCAGGGCCGGCUGAUGGUGGAGCCCGGCCGCUGGCUGGAGCAGUUUGAGGUGGACCCGGAGCUGGACCCCGAGUCAGUGGAGUACCUGGUGGCCCUGGAGCGAGCCACAGUGGCCCUGGAACAGUGCGUGAACCUGUGCAAGGCCCAUGUCAUGAUGGUCACCUGCUUUGACAUCAGCAUUGCUGCCACUGCUGCAGUCCUGGGGCCACAGGAGGUGGACGUAUGAGGCUAUGCAGUGGACACAGGGGAGGGGAUGUGCAGCGGGUGCCAGGGCAGGACAUGAGAUGGAGCGCGGAUGUGUUGGGGUUGCCGGAGGAGGACACGGGGCUGUGAGGACACAGGAUGGGGUCUCUGAGAGGAGGUGAGCGUGGGUGGGAGGGCUGGCCUGGGCGAUGGAGCAGACAGCGUGUGAAGACAGUUGCCACCAGCAGCAACGCAAGUGCCUUUGACCUUGUUUUGGAUUUUUCUCCUUUUUGCAUUUGGUGCUAAGGACUCAAGACACCAGCAGACCACAUGCUAGGGCCGGCAGCUUGGGCUAAGGCUGAGCUGGCUUGUGUAUGUGUAUAGCUUGCCUUCUCUGCAGCCUGAGGUGUGUCUCAGGACAGGCCUGCCGGCUCUUCCAGGACAUGGGAUUGGCCUUUGGGCACAGCCCGGGGUGGGCAUGUGGAUUCCCAGCACAGAUUGUGCAGGUGGGGUCUUGAGGGUGGGAUGGCCGACCCAGGUGCUUUCCCUUCCUGAAGGACCCUGCUCUGUGCCGAGGACACCAAGCGCAGCUAACAGGGCUGAGCCACAGUCCCAUGCUGCCUCUUCCACGGCAGGAAUUUUUACCAAAACCACAAGCAAAAAAAUAAAACAAACCACCACCGCCAACAAAGAUGGGGGAAUAAGGGUUUUGUAAAGCUUCUUUCUGUAAGGUUCAUAUUUUUGUAUCAUUUUGGCUAUAAAUGCAGGAUUUGCUGUGGGAAUUUGAAGACAAAUGAUCUAUGUUUUUAUGGUUUUCUACAGAAGGUGCCCCUCGGGCCAGCCCUCCCCACUGUGGGAGGCAGCUCUCUCUGGGGGUCCCUAGGGAGAGUGGGCCUCCUUGAGAGGUGCUUCUUGCCAAGCACAGAUGAGGGCUGAGCCUGCCGAUGUUUAUGACGUCACCCACGACAGGCUGGCGCUCUCUGGUUGUGACUGUCUGAAUCCAAGCCCUGUGUAGAUGACAUUGCAUAGUGGGUCUCACCUGUGAAUAAAAGA